AUACUUUAGGUCUUAGUUUUUAGUUCCGCGUUAAACCCUACGCUACUCACGAAGCUUCCUUCGAUAAACCCUUUCAAACCCUUUGAAGCUUUUUGAACAAACAAACCAUUUCUUUCUCUUUCUUUUUCUCUCUCUUUCUCGCCAUUGUUUUCUCUCCGUUCAACCUUUGAUUCAGCUCACCCUGAACCCUAAUUUCUGUUCCUUCAAAACAUCCCUUUCUCCUCGUCCCAUGGAAAAUUCCUCCAAAUCACCCGAUGAUCGGAAAACCCGUUUCUAUCAUCCUUACCAAGACCUACACGUUCCGAUCACCAAGCUCUACGAGCUCCCCACCGCCCCCGAGCAUCUUUUCUUCGAAGAAGCCGCCAGGCCUCACCGUUCUUGGGGCGAAAACCUCCAAUACUACACCGGAAUUGGCUACCUCUCCGGCGCCCUUCUUGGCGGCGCCAGGGGUUCCAUUCAGGGCCUCCGGGCAGCUGAGCCCGGUGACUCUGUCAAACUCCGUCUCAAUCGAGUUCUCAACUCUGGGGGCCAGCUUGGCCGGAGGGCUGGAAACUCUCUUGGGAUCCUUGGCUUGAUUUUUGCUGGUUUGGAAAGUGGGGUUAUUCAUUUGAGAGGUUCUGAUGAUGUUUUGAAUAGUAUUGUAGCUGGAUUGGGGACUGGUGCUGUUUAUAAGGCGGCGUCUGGGCCAAGGUCGGCCGCCAUCGCCGGUGCUAUUGGAGGGAUUGCUGCUGCAGCUGCAGUUGCGGGUAAGCAGGCAGUUAAGAGAUAUGUGCCGAUAUAGAAUCGGCAUAACAAGUUAUGCAAAUUUGUAUCAAUUAGAGGGAGGACUUGCACGGUAAAGCAUUUGGUUUCUUUGAUUAUUAUUUCUUCAUAUUGUUACACAGUUAGUUUAUUAUUCAUGGAUUAGUGAAUAAUACACUUUUGGGUUGCAAAUGCUCGCUCUUGUUGUUUGUAAUUGUUAUUCAUUUUGUUGAUUUGCCUCUUAUAGUUAUUGAUGCCCUGGAUCAAUGGGAGACUUCAAAAUUUAUGUUUGAUUAAUCUCUUCUUAUGUGUAA